GUGCCCGCCCCUCGCCGCCGCCUCCCGCCCGGCGCCGGGAGCGCGGCCGGGGCUCCAAGAUGGCUUUGGCCGGGCUGUGCUCGCUGCUGGCCGGCUGCUGCCUGGCCGCGGGCAGCGGCCCCGCCGAGGCGGCGGCGGAGGCGGCGGCCAAGGAGCUGGAGUGCAAGCUGAAGAGCAUCACGGUGUCGGCGCUGCCCUUCCUGCGGGAGAACGACCUCAGCAUCAUGCACGGCCCCUCGGCCGCCGAGCCCAAGCUGCUCUUCUCGGUGCGCAACGAUUUCCCCGGAGAGAUGGUGGUAGUGGAUGACCUGGAGAACACGGAGCUGCCGUACUUCGUGCUGGAGAUCUCGGGCAACACGGACGACAUCCCGCUGGUGCGCUGGCGGCAGCAGUGGCUGGAGAACGGCACCCUGCUCUUCCACAUCCACCACCAGGACGGGGCCCCCAACCUGCCCGGCUUCGACCCCACCGAGGAGCCCCAGACCGAGUCGGCCGAGGAGGAGCUCAGGAUCCUCCACAUCUCUGUCAUGGGAGGGAUGAUCGCCCUGCUGCUGUCCAUCCUGUGCCUGGUGAUGAUCCUGUACACCCGCCGCCGCUGGUGCAAGCGGCGCCGCGUGCCGCAGCCCCAGAAGAGCGCCAGCGCCGAGGCCGCCAACGAGAUCCACUACAUCCCCUCGGUGCUGAUCGGGGGCCACGGGCGCGAGAGCCUGCGCAACGCCCAGCGCGUGCAGGGCCACAACUCCAGCGGCACGCUCAGCAUCCGCGAGACGCCCAUCCUGGACGGCUACGAGUACGACAUCACCGACCUGCGGCACCACCUGCAGCGCGAGUGCAUGAACGGCGGCGAGGACUUCGCCAGCCAGGUCACCCGCACGCUGGACUCGCUGCAGGGCUGCAACGAGAAGGCCAGCAUGGACCUCACGCCAGGGAGUGACAACGCCAAGCUGUCCCUGAUGAACAAGUACAAGGACAACAUCAUUGCCACCAGCCCCGUGGACUCCAACCACCAGCAGGCCACGCUGCUGUCGCACACCUCCAGCAGCCAGCGCAAGCGCAUCAACAACAAGGCGCGAGUGUCCCCUGCAGCUGGCUCAGCCUUUCUCAACCCCGAGGGGGACUCAGGGACAGAGGCAGACACCGAUCCCCAGCUGACCUUCUACACGGACCCCUCGCGGAGCCGCCGGCGCAGCCGAGUGGGGUCCCCCCGGAGCCCCGUGAACAAGACCACGCUGACCCUCAUCAGUGUGACAAGCUGUGUCAUCAGCCUGGUGUGCUCUUCCCACAUGAACUGUCCCCUCGUCGUCAAGAUCACCCUCCAUGUCCCUGAGCACCUCAUCGCCGACGGGAGCCGGUUCAUCCUGCUGGAGGGGAGCCAGCUGGAUGCCAGUGACUGGCUGAACCCAGCACAGGUUGUCCUCUUCUCCCAGCAAAACUCCAGUGGGCCCUGGGCCCUGGACCUGUGUGCCCGGCGCCUCCUGGACCCCUGUGAGCACCAGUGUGACCCCGAGACUGGAGAAUGUCUCUGCUAUGAAGGUUACAUGAAGGACCCUGUGCACAAGCACCUCUGCAUCAGGAACGAGUGGGGAACGAACCAGGGGCCCUGGCCAUACACCAUCUUCCAGCGUGGCUUUGACUUGGUGCUGGGCGAGCAGCCUUCUGACAAGAUCUUUCGAUUCACCUACACCUUGGGCGAGGGCAUGUGGCUGCCCCUGAGCAAGAGCUUCGUCAUCCCACCAGCUGAGCUGGCCAUCAACCCCUCAGCCAAGUGCAAGACUGACAUGACGGUGAUGGAGGAUGCAGUGGAGGUCAGGGAAGAGCUGAUGACCUCAUCCUCCUUUGACAGCCUGGAGGUGCUGCUGGACUCCUUCGGGCCCGUUCGCGACUGCUCCCGGGACAACGGCGGCUGCAGCAAGAACUUCCGCUGCAUCUCGGACCGCAAGCUGGACUCCACGGGCUGUGUGUGCCCCACAGGACUGAGCCCCAUGAAGGAUGGCACGGGCUGCUACGACCGGCACGUGGGCGUGGACUGCUCUGACGGCUUCAACGGGGGCUGCGAGCAGCUGUGCCUGCAGCAGAUGGUGCCCCUGCCCGAGGACCCCCUGCUCUACAACAUCCUCAUGUUCUGUGGGUGCAUUGAGGACUACAAGCUGGGCGCGGACGGGCGCUCGUGCCAGCUGAUCUCAGAGUCGUGCCCUGAGGGCGGGGACUGCGGCGAGCCCCGCGAGCUGCCCAUGAACCAGACCCUCUUCGGGGAGCUCUUCUACGGCUACAACAACCACACCAGGGAGGUGGCACCAGGCCAGGUGCUCAAAGGGACCUUCAGGCAGAACAACUUUGCCCGGGGCCUGGAGCAGCAGCUGCCUGAUGGGCUGGUGGUGGCCACAGUGCCCUUGGAGAACCAGUGCCAAGAGGAGCUCUCUGACCCCACUCCCGACCCUGAGUUCCUCACUGGGAUGGUGAACUUCAGUGAGGUGUCUGGGUACCCCCUGCUGCAGCACUGGAAGGUGCAGUCUGUCAUGUACCACGUCCGGCUCAACCAGAUGACCAUCUCCCAGGCUUUCAGCAAUGCACUCCACUCUCUGGAUGGAGCCACCUCCCGUGCAGAUUUUGUGGCGCUGCUGGACCAGUUUGGCAACCACUACAUCCAAGAGGCCGUGUAUGGCUUUGAGGAGUCCUGCUCCAUCUGGUAUCCCAACAGGCAGGUCCAGCGGCAGCUCUGGCUGGAGUAUGAGGACAUCAGCAAAGGCAACUCUCCCUCGGAUGAGUCAGAGGAGCGGGAGCGGGACCCCAAGGUGCUGACGUUCCCCGAGUACAUCGCCAGCCUCUCGGAGUCGGGCACCAAGCGCGUGGCAGCCGGCGUGCGCAUGGAGUGCCAGAGCCGCGGGCGCUGCCCCUCCUCCUGCCCGCUGUGCCACGUCUCCUCCAGCCCCGACGUGCCAGCCGAGCCCAUCCUGCUGGAGGUCACCAAGGCAGCCCCGCUCUACGACCUGGUCACCAACAACCAGACCCAGCGGCUGCUGCAGGAGGCCACCAUGAGCUUGCUGUGGUGCUCGGGCAGUGGGGAUGUCAUCGAGGACUGGUGCCGCUGCGACUCCAGUGCCUUCGGGGCUGAUGGGCUGCCCACCUGUGCUCCUCUCCCACACCCAGUCCUGCGUCUCUCCACUGUGCAUGAGCCCAGCAGCACACUGGUGGUACUGGAGUGGGGCCACUCGGAGCCCCCCAUUGGGGUGCAGAUUGUGGACUACCUCCUCCGUCAAGAGAAGGUCACUGACAGAAUGGACCACUCCAAGGUGGAGACAGAGACAGUGCUGAGCUUUGUGGAUGACAUCAUCUCUGGUGCCAAGUCCCCCUGUGCCAUGCCAGCCCAAGUGCCUGACAGACUCUCCUCCACCAUCUCCCUCAUCAUCCGCUGCCUGGAGCCCGACACCACCUACAUGUUCACGCUCUGGGGAGUUGAUAACACAGGAAGACGUUCCAGGUCAAGUGAUGUGACAGUCAAGACGCCGUGCCCUGUGGUAGAUGAUGUGAAAGCUCAAGAAAUAGCAGACAAGAUCUACAACCUCUUCAAUGGCUACACGAGUGGCAAGGAGCAGCAGACAGCCUACAACACCCUGCUGGACCUGGGCUCCCCCAGCCUCCACCGAGUCCUCUACCACUACAACCAGCACUACGAGAGCUUUGGGGAGUUCACCUGGCGCUGUGAGGAUGAGCUGGGGCCCAGGAAGGCUGGCCUCAUCCUCUCGCAGCUGGGGGACCUCAGCAGCUGGUGCAAUGGCCUCCUGCAGGAGCCCAAGAUCAGCCUGCAGCGCUCCUCCCUCAAGUACCUGGCCUGCCGCUACAGCGAGAUCAAGCCCUAUGGGCUCGACUGGUCGGAGCUCAGCCGCGACCUCAGGAAGACGUGUGAGGAGCAGACGCUGAGUGUCCUGUACAAUGACUAUGGUGACAAGGACUACUGAGGCUUCUGGGCACCUGCUCUCAGGCUGGCCUUCCCAUGGGCCUUCCUGGGGGUUUUACACAUGGACCCAUGGAGGGGAGGGUGUCACUGAUGUUUCUGGAGAAUUUGGACUGGGGAGCAAAACCGGCUGCUCUGUGCAGGACUGACUCAGUAUUAGUUUCUUCUUCAAUUUGGCCAAAAGCCUUUCUAGUUAGAAGUCUUGUGGGACCCAGUUUUCUUGGUUUUGUUUUAUUCAUUUUGCCAAGAGGUUCCUCAGCAUUGGUGGAGAAGGCAGGCUGGGAGGGCACAGCCCUCUUCUCCUGCCCCAUCCCUGCCCUGGCUGUGAGGGCUGACUCCAAAGAUGGGCAACACCAGUCAUGGGAGAAACGUGGUGACACAGCCAGGAUGGGAGAGCAGGUGAUGCAGGCAAAAAUGGAGGCAGGGCAUGCAGGUCAGGUUGAGAUGCUUGUGGUUAUGGCUGAGCUGAUCAGACACUUGAAGGCCAGCGGGGCUGGGAUGGGGUUUUUUGCAAUUGUAAAGCAUGAGGUCGGGGUGACACCUGAGAGAGCAAUGGUGCUGUUGGUGGGCAAAGCUGGUGUGGUGUCAUCAGGUGGGGCGAAGAGGCAGGGGCAUUGUGACCCCAUCUCCUCAGGUUCUUCGGCCAUGGCCAAAACCCACAUGUGCUCCAAGAUGCAGAGUCCUCCAGAACAAAAGCAGCUUGGCCUCAGGGCCAGUAGUCAGCUGGACAUCAUGAGCUUUCUUCUUGAGGGACCACAUUCCUUGGAAGUCAACCUUAAAAUCUUUUCUAUUAUGUUUUUUUUUACCCACUGUAAUAAAAACUUAGAAGCAACAUCAAGCUGCUGCUGAGGAGAACUCAGCUAGGAGAGCAGCAGCCAGAUGACACAGACAAGAUGUUCUGCACCAGACACUUGCAGCUGUGGGAUAGCCAGGCUCUGGCUCUGGUUGGUGAGGGGAGAGGGAUGCAAGGUACCCCAAUGCCUUGGUGCAGGAUGGUGCUGAAGGUUCUGAUCCCAGAGAGGGCAUGGAGGACAGGCUUCUGGGGGUAUUGCUUGCCUGUGUUCAGGCUGACAUCUGCCUCUUCCUCUGUAACUUUUUUUUUUAAAGCUCGAGAGCUGGGGUUGUACUGGGACACUGGGUUUGGUUUGGAGUAAACGAUUCUCCAAAUCCCUGUCCCUGCUGAUGAUGUUGGAGGCAGAAAACAGGUUCCUUUUAGCUUCAGAUUCCUGCCUGGUUUGCAGAGGAGGCACCUCUGGACUUGCCAGCUGUGCACCUUUGAUCUAGACAAGACCAGAGCCCUACAGUGGGAUUUUUUACGAUGCCUCCAGAGAGAAAUUUCCUUUUCAUUUUUUUUCAGUCUUGGCAGGAACAGUCUUCAGCCUGUCUCAUAUGAUUUUCUGCCUCAUUCCUCCUCCUACCUGCCAAGGACAUGGCUUGAAUAUUUGUGUGGUGCUGAGAGGGAGGCGGCUGUGCUCUGCACCCCGUCACUGCCGACAGCGCUGCAGCACCGGAUUCUCCCAACAGCAGCUCUGUAUCUUCCUGCAGGACCACACUGUGCUUUGCUCUCUCCUUCUUAUGGGCAGACAUCUCUCCAGGGGCAGCUGGCCUGGACUGGGGAGCUGCUGGGAGCAGCCACCGUCAGUCAGUAUGACCUGGGCAUCCCUGUGUCAUUGCUGUAUUGUGUGUCUGGCAGGGGUCAUCAGACAAACGUUUGCUCUGUGCAAGAAGGAAGUCUUCUGGAUCCUUUUGGAUUUUUCUCAUGUGUUUGUCCUUAUAUUUUGAUGUGCCUGAUGCUGCCAAGGGCUUAGGGCUCAGAGUGAGACCAGUGCCACCUCCACGCACAGGUAUAGAUGGGCAGGUGAUCUGUACUGAGUCAUCACUCCUUUUCCUUUUAGCGAGGCUCGUGGCCAAGACACUUCUGUUUAUCCUUUUGCUUAUCCCAGCAGAUGCUGAGACAACUUUUAACUUCCGGCCAGGCAGCCAUCCAGCCAUGGGCAAAGGGCACCUCCGCUCAACGCCUCAAAGGGAUGUUUGAAGGAAGGCUGCUCUGGCCCAAACACCAGCUGGUUUCUCGCCAAGUAAUACCGUGUACAUGGCCUUUAUGUGAAAUGCAGACUGUUUUCCUUUGGGUAGCAGACUCCUCUCUUUUAUUGCUUACUAGGUGCAGCAGCAAGGACAGGAGCAGUGCUGUCUGCCAGCCACUCGCUGUGACACUGCCAGGAAAACCCUGCACACCCCAUGCAUUCACACCUGCCUAGGUUACUUUUUCAUCCGGCCCCAAGAUUUACACCGAGGCUCUGCAGAUAUUUCUGUUCUGCUUCUGUGCUGACACUUCAAAGCCCUUGCGUGGGCAACCAAAGCCGUGCAGCAUCAUCAGCCAGCUGGGCUGGGCUCUGCUCCAUGGGUCCUGGCUUCUCCAUGGGCUGGGCUUUGGAGAGUGAGGGGAAAGCCAUCCCUCCUUUGGGGUCCUUUGGCAGCACCCUUGCACAGCUGGAUGGGGCUCAGCACCCUCACCCUGUGACAGACUGUGCAGGCUGCUGGCAGGGCUGUGCUCUGAUGAUUUGCCCACCGUGGUGCCCCUGCAGCUGCUGUGCUGGCAGGGCCUGGCAGCCUGGCACAUCUGUGGGGCCAUUUUCACAGUGACCCUGGCUUUGUGAGGGCUUCCUUCUUGGUUUCCUCACUCUAGCUUUGCAAGUCAGAACCUUGCCCAAGCUUGGAUUUUCUUGCCCAAGCCUCUCAGCUACCACAUGAGUCCCUCUCAGACAAAUGCCAGCAGCCACCAUGGGGUACCAGACCAAUCCAGCAUGGGGGCUGUCCCUUGCUGCAGACCUGGCCUUGGUGAGAUGUGCUGUGUGGGGCUUGCUCACCCAAAACAGGCGUGCCCUGGUCUAGUGGAAGGUGUCCCUGUCCACGGCAGCAGGGUUGGUACCCAAUCCUCAUUAAGGUCCCCUCCAACCUAACCCAUUCUGUGUCUCUGAUUCCUGCAGAGCUGAUACCACCCACAUCUGCUGCAGGGUCCUACUGUUGGGCCUGCACAAUAUUUUCUCUUGGACUCCUGAUUCUUCCCAAACUGCCAACAACAGGAGAACUGCUUUCCAACCAUUUCUGCAACCUCCUUCACCCCCCCGCCCUUUCUUUUUGUUUUAUUUCUGCAUUAAUGAGCAAUCAUUCACCUGAGAUGAACCUCUGGGUCGUUAACUUUUUUUUGCUGCGUCCGUACCCCUGUAAUAGCAUUACUACCUUUUCCUUGUCGUGGAGUUAUUUAACAUAUAAAACAGUUUGGUCCUUUUCUUUACAAAGAUGGCUACAAUUCAUGUUCCUUGAUGUUCUAUUAAACCUCUAAUGUGACGUUUUACUACUGUAGAUUGAAAGUAGGGUGCUUUAGGGUGAGAUAGCCAUGUGGCAAGAAAUACAAAACCCUUCUGGAUUACUUAAAAAAAAUGAAUUUAAAAAAAAGGUUUUAAACAACAGCAACAAAAAUCAUUGUACCACUAUGUAAAACUCCAGAUGAUAAUUUAACUGACUAUUAAAAGGAGCUGUUAGUAA